AGCAGUGAUGAUAGUGAUAGCAGUGAUGAUAGUGAUAGCAGUGAUGAUAGUGAUAGCAGCGAUGAUAGUGAUAGCAGUGAUGAUAGUGAUAGCAGUGAUGAUAGUGAUAGCAGUGAUGAUAGUGAUAGCAGUGAUGAUAGUGAUAGCAGCGAUGAUAGUGAUAGCAGUGAUGAUAGUGAUAGCAGUGAUGAUAGUGAUAGCAGUGAUGAUAGUGAUAGCAGUGAUGAUAGUGAUAGCAGUGAUGAUAGUGAUAGCAGUGAUGAUAGUGAUAGCAGUGAUGAUAGUGAUAGCAGCGAUGAUAGUGAUAGCAGUGAUGAUAGUGAUAGCAGUGAUGAUAGUGAUAGCAGUGAUGAUAGUGAUAGCAGUGAUGAUAGUGAUAGCAGCGAUGAUAGUGAUAGCAGUGAUGAUAGUGAUAGCAGCGAUGAUAGUGAUAGCAGUGAUGAUAGUGAUAGCAGUGAUGAUAGUGGUAGCAGUGAUGAUAGUGAUAGCAGUGAUGAUAGUGAUAGCAGUGAUGAUAGUGAUAGCAGUGAUGAUAGUGAUAGCAGUGAUGAUAGUGAUAGCAGUGAUGAUAGUGAUAGCAGUGAUGAUAGUGAUAGCAGUGAUGAUAGUGAUAGCAGUGAUGAUAGUGAUAGCAGUGAUGAUAGUGAUAGCAGUGAUGAUAGUGAUAGCAGUGAUGAUAGUGAUAGCAGUGAUGAUAGUGAUAGCAGUGAUGAUAGUGAUAGCAGUGAUGAUAGUGAUAGCAGUGAUGAUAGUGAUAGCAGUGAUGAUAGUGAUAGCAGUGAUGAUAGUGAUAGCAGUGAUGAUAGUGAUAGCAGUGAUGAUAGUGAUAGCAGUGAUGAUAGUGAUAGCAGUGAUGAUAGUGAUAGCAGUGAUGAUAGUGAUAGCAGUGAUGAUAGUGAUAGCAGUGAUGAUAGUGAUAGCAGUGAUGAUAGUGAUAGCAGCGAUGAUAGUGAUAGCAGUGAUGAUAGUGAUAGCAGUGAUGAUAGUGAUAGCAGUGAUGAUAGUGAUAGCAGCGAUGAUAGUGAUAGCAGUGAUGAUAGUGAUAGCAGUGAUGAUAGUGAUAGCAGUGAUGAUAGUGAUAGCAGUGAUGAUAGUGAUAGCAGUGAUGAUAGUGAUAGCAGUGAUGAUAGUGAUAGCAGUGAUGAUAGUGAUAGCAGUGAUGAUAGUGAUAGCAGUGAUGAUAGUGAUAGCAGUGAUGAUAGUGAUAGCAGUGAUGAUAGUGAUAGCAGCGAUGAUAGUGAUAGCAGCGAUGAUAGUGAUAGCAGGGAUGAUAGUGAUAGCAGUGAUGAUAGUGAUAGCAGUGAUGAUAGUGAUAGCAGUGAUGACAGUGAUAGCAGUGAUGACAGUGAUAGCAGUGAUGAUAGUGAUAGCAGUGAUGAUAGUGAUAGCAGUGAUGAUAGUGAUAGCAGCGAUGAUAGUGAUAGCAGCGAUGAUAGUGAUAGCAGCGAUGAUAGUGAUAGCAGCGAUGAUAGUGAUAGCAGCGAUGAUAGUGAUAGCAGCGAUGAUAGUGAUAGCAGCGAUGAUAGUGAUAGCAGCGAUGAUAGUGAUAGCAGCGAUGAUAGUGAUAGCAGCGAUGAUAGUGAUAGCAGCGAUGAUAGUGAUAGCAGCGAUGAUAGUGAUAGCAGCGAUGAUAGUGAUAGCAGCGAUGAUAGUGAUAGCAGCGAUGAUAGUGAUAGCAGCGAUGAUAGUGAUAGCAGCGAUGAUAGUGAUAGCAGCGAUGAUAGUGAUAGCAGCGAUGAUAGUGAUAGCAGCGAUGAUAGUGAUAGCAGCGAUGAUAGUGAUAGCAGUGAUGAUAGUGAUAGCAGUGAUGAUAGUGAUAGCAGUGAUGAUAGUGAUAGCAGUGAUGAUAGUGAUAGCAGUGAUGAUAGUGAUAGCAGUGAUGAUAGUGAUAGCAGUGAUGAUAGUGAUAGCAGGGAUGAUAGUGAUAGCAGUGAUGAUAGUGAUAGCAGUGAUGAUAGUGAUAGCAGUGAUGAUAGUGAUAGCAGUGAUGAUAGUGAUAGCAGCGAUGAUAGUGAUAGCAGCGAUGAUAGUGAUAGCAGCGAUGAUAGUGAUAGCAGCGAUGAUAGUGAUAGCAGGGAUGAUAGUGAUAGCAGUGAUGAUAGUGAUAGCAGCGAUGAUAGUGAUAGCAGCGAUGAUAGUGAUAGCAGCGAUGAUAGUGAUAGCAGUGAUGAUAGUGAUAGCAGUGAUGAUAGUGAUAGCAGUGAUGAUAGUGAUAGCAGUGAUGAUAGUGAUAGCAGUGAUGAUAGUGAUAGCAGUGAUGAUAGUGAUAGCAGUGAUGAUAGUGAUAGCAGUGAUGAUAGUGAUAGCAGUGAUGAUAGUGAUAGCAGUGAUGAUAGUGAUAGCAGCGAUGAUAGUGAUAGCAGCGAUGAUAGUGAUAGCAGUGAUGAUAGUGAUAGCAGUGAUGAUAGUGAUAGCAGUGAUGAUAGUGAUAGCAGUGAUGAUAGUGAUAGCAGUGAUGAUAGUGAUAGCAGUGAUGAUAGUGAUAGCAGUGAUGAUAGUGAUACUGUAACCCCUCUAAUUUUAGCGACCAAUAUAUUUAGCGAUUUCGAAUUGUUGACGUUUUAG